AAUAUGCAUUAAAAAAAAAAAGAGAUAAUGAAAUACAAGGUAUAUCAAGUUAAGAGGGUCCAUCACUAUAAAAGUGUAGUUCCUUUCUUGUUGUGUGAGAACAAGGUACGAGAUUGAAAGAGACACAGAGGUUGGUGCUUUCUCAUCAGUGGCCAGAGAGCAAUGGAUUGGGUGGUCAAUGAGAAUGAAGAGAAGCUUCAAUCCAAAAUCAGAGUAAAUGGAGAGAAUGAGGAAGUAGAUGAUUCUCCAAUUGAACAAGUGAGGCUAACAGUGCCAAUAAGUGAUGAUCCAAAUGAAGCACAUUUAGGACAUAAGGAGAAUGAGGAAGUAGAUGAUUCUCCAAUUGAACAAGUGAGGCUAACAGUGCCAAUAAGUGAUGAUCCAAAUGAAGCAGCACUAACAUUUAGGACAUGGCUUCUUGGGAUCAUAUCAUGUGUGGUUCUUUCAUUUCUGAACCAAUUCUUUGGUUACAGAACCAACCCUCUUACACUUACAUCUGUGUCAGUCCAAAUUGUUACACUCCCAGUUGGUAAAUUCUUGGCUGCAACACUUCCCACAAAGCAAAUCAGUGUUCCUUUGACCAAAUGGUCAUUUACCUUGAAUCCAGGACCAUUCACUAUGAAAGAACAUGUCCUUAUAACAUUAUUUGCAAGUGCUGGAUCCAGUGGUGUCUAUGCAAUUAACAUCAUCACUAUUGUCAAGGCUUUUUAUCAUAGAGGCAUUCAUCCACUUGCUGCUUUUAUGUUAUCUAUGUCAACUCAGCAGGACAUUGCAUGAGAAAGAAAAAAGGCCUAAAGGAGGAUUAACAAGGAUGCAAUUCUUCUUAAUAGUGUUUGGAGCGAGCUUUGCAUAUUAUGUUAUUCCAGGCUACCUCUUCCAAUCAUUGCAAGCUAUCUCUAUAGUUUGCUUGAUAUGGAAGAAAUCUAUCACUGCACAACAAAUUGGUUCAGGCUAUUAUGGCCUUGGCAUCGGCUCGUUCGCCCUCGACUGGAACACGGUGGCCGGCUUCUUUGGGAGUCCUUUGGCUUACCCCAGCUUUGCCAUCAUCAACAUAUUGGUUGGAUUUGUGAUCUUUGUGUACAUUCUUGUUCCACUCUUCUAUUGGAACAACAUCAAAGAUGCUAAGAAGUUUCCUCUCAUUAGUUCUCACACAUUUGACUCUUCUGGAAAAAAAUACAAUGUUACCCGUAUUCUAAAUGCAAAAAGCUUUGACAUUGAUAUGGAAGGUUACAACAGUUAUAGCAAGAUUUAUCUUAGUGCCAUAUUUGCACUUGAUUAUGGCUUGAGCUUUGCAACUCUCACUGCCACUAUUUCACAUGUUCUACUCUUUCAUGGAAAAACGAUAUACCGGAUGACAAGAAGCACAACAGAAGCACUUAAGGGAAAACUUGGAGAUGUGCAUACAAGAAUCAUGAAGAAGAACUAUGAACAGGUUCCUGAAUGGUGGUUUAUCUCCAUUUUGAUUCUAAUGACUGUGGUAGCUUUGAUAUCUUGUGAAGGCUUUGGAAAGCAACUCCAACUGCCAUGGUGGGGAGUCUUAAUGUCUUUAGGGAUUGGACUGUCUUUCACUUUGCCAAUUGGAAUCAUUCAAGCAACAACAAACCAGCAAGUUGGACUCAAUGUGAUCACAGAGUUAAUCAUUGGGUACCUUUACCCGGGAAAGCCCCUUGCAAAUGUAACAUUCAAGACCUAUGGCUACAUUAGCAUGUCUCAAGCUCUUGGAUUUCUUAAUGACUUCAAAUUAGGCCACUACAUGAAGAUUCCUCCCAAAUCUAUGUUCAUUGUGCAGCUGGUAGGCACACUGGUGGCUUCCGUCGUGUACUUUGGCACAGCAUGGUGGCUUCUUACAUCGAUCGAUAAUAUAUGUGACACAUCGAAGUUGCCAGAGAGCAGUCCAUGGACAUGCCCCGGAGAUGAUGUGUUCUAUAAUGCGUCGAUCAUAUGGGGGAUCGUAGGGCCAGGAAGAAUGUUCACCAAGAAAGGAAUCUACCCGGAGCUGAACUGGUUUUUCCUCAUUGGUCUCCUUGCGCCGGUUCCAGGGUGGUUCCUUUCUCGAAAGUUCCCACAGCACAAGUGGAUUGGACUCAUACACAUACCACUCAUUAUGCAAGGCGCCAGCAGCAUUCCACCAGCGAGAUCUGUGAACUACAUCACGUGGGGAAUUGUGGGGAUCUUCUUCAACAUCUAUGUUUACAAGAAGUUCAAGGUGUGGUGGGCGCGCCAUACUUACAUCCUCUCGGCGGCCCUGGAUGCCGGAGUUGCUUUCAUGGCUGUUGCACUCUAUUUUGCACUCCAAAACUAUGAUAUUUUUGGUCCAGAUUGGUGGGGUGCUGAUGGAACUGAUCACUGCCAACUGGCCAAAUGCCCCACAGCACCAGGUGUAGUUGCUGCUGGCUGUCCUGUUCUAUGAGUUUCAUAUAAGAAAUCCAUGCAUGGAGGUGUUAAUAUAGAGUAUCAAUAGUAGAAGAACAAAUUGCAGUUUGUUUGCAUAGCAGGCACGUUUGAUAUAAACAAACAGCAAUCACUUUAGGAUCCAAUAAUAUUUAUUGUGUUUAGUAAGAUUUUAUGUUAUAUUCACCUUUUAGUUCUUUUAUUUCCUUUUCUCUGGUCAAGUUGUAAUUAAGGUAUAUGUGUGCAAUGAAAGUUAAAAGCAUAUGUUCUAGCAUGAAAGCAAACAAUCUCAAAUAAACCAAAAAGGUUCUUAUUGUUAUUGGGCCAUUUCAUUUUAUUUUUAUGUUUAAUAAAAAGGUUCUUUAAAUUUUUGCAAUCGAUUGUCCAACUUCACAAUUACAAUUGCAACUACAUAUAAAGUCAUAAGCAAACCGUAAAUCAAGAUGAUAUGACUAAUUAAGAAAACUCCAAUGAAUAUACCUGAAUUCGAAGUAAUUAAGAAAAAAAA